AUGGUGCUCUCCUUCAUUCUCAUCCAGAACCGUCAAGGCAAGACUCGGCUCGCAAAAUGGUAUGCACCUUACACCGAUGAAGAGAAGGUGAAGCUGAAGGGCGAGGUCCACCGUCUCAUCGCUCCUCGCGACCAGAAGUACCAGUCCAACUUUGUUGAGUUCCGUUCAGCUCCUAUAGUCUAUAGACGAUAUGCAGGCUUGUUCUUUUGCGUCUGUGUAGACGCGAACGACAACGAGCUUGCUUACUUGGAAGCCAUACACUUCUUUGUCGAGGUGCUGGAUCAAUUCUUUGGGAACGUCUGUGAACUAGACCUGGUAUUCAACUUCUACAAGGUCUACGCAAUCCUCGACGAAGUCUUUCUGGCUGGCGAGAUCGAAGAGACGAGCAAGCAAGUCGUCUUGACGAGACUGGAACAUCUCGACAAACUCGAGUGA